AUGUCUGAGUCGGGGUCUGAGUCGGGGUCUGCUUCCGGGUUGUCCUCGGGCGAUGAGGCGCCGUCUCGACGUCCAUCUGUGCAGCAUCAAGAUGAGAAAGACGUCAAGCAAAUUGACAGUACUGAGAACGCAAAGGAAAAAGAGGAAGAGAGUGAUGGAAAUGUUGAAGAUGGCGCGCAGAACCUGGGUCAUAUAAAGCCGACAGAAACAGAGACAAAGGAUGAAUCCUUGCACCUUGCGACAGAAGCUCGACUUAUAGAUUUCGUUGUUAUACCUGGAGUCUACGGCAAUUGGACCGACAAAGACUUCGGGCCGAGCGCUGGAUCUGGAAGCUCAGCCAGGGUCACGAAAUUCGCCGACGAAGGCUGGGAGAAUCCCAAGAGUCCUCAAAAUAGUUGCCGAGUAUUUCGUUUCGAGUAUGACUCUUCUGAACUUUUCUCUGGUCAUAGAUCUCGAGAAGCAAUUCAGCGAGUUGCACUGAGAUUGCUCGGUGGGUUACGGUCAAGGCGUUCCGCCGAGAUGAAGAAACGUCUGAUAUACUUCAUCAGCCAUGAUAUCGGAGGUACUAUCGUCAAAGAUGCUCUCAUCACAGCUUCCCUCGACAGGAGCUCCUGGCAAGAAAUAUCAGAGAUGGCCCGAGUUUUGGUCUUCAACGGCUGUCCGCAUCGCCAGAGAAACACUGCCGACCUGGAAACGAGGCUGGCGAGUUUUCUGUAUGAAAACUACACUCAGGCUUCUGGGAAGUCACAACCUUCGGCAGCAUCAAUAUCAGGACUUACUAAAGCCAUCGUCCAAGUGAAUGGUCUCUUCGUAACUUCCCAUAUCGCGCUGCGAAGUUGGAUCAUAAAUCUGCACUCUUAUGGAGAGAAUAGCAGUGGGGGUCUUGACGCUUACUGUGCGACGCUGGGUUUGCCGUUGGAGUUAACAUUGACAGCGCCAGCUGGGACGGACUAUUCACCUCUCACUCAGUAUCUUGCCAAGAUAGAGCCAGAUGUUCGGGAGCCGAAAGAGUCAAUCGGACCACGUCAAUAUGCUCAAGAGAGAAAGCUUCUUGCUCUGGCGUCUCCAAUCUAUCCACUUCGAAACAAGGUUGAGCCCAACCUAUUGGCCGAUCUACCAGCUUAUAAAUCCUGGCUGAAAACUCCUUGUCCUCAAAUACUCUAUCUUCACGGCAGCUACCGCGUAAGGGAUGUAGCCGAAAGCGUGUUCUAUACCCUUGAGGACGAAGCCACGAGGGUGAAACGACGGGCAAACGUCCUCUACUUCUCUUUCGACAGAUUCGACGUCCGUGCUGAUAGUAUUCGGGACAUGAUCGCUACCUUCUUGGCUCAGAUCUGCAACCAUCACCCAAGACUUGGGCCUGCUAUCAAUCGACUGUGCAGCCAGAUCGAGAAUGAGAAAGGUUGGACUGAAACAGACCUGAUACAGUUCUUUGAGAUGUUCAGGAUCUCAGCAGAAGUCGAGCAGACAAUGAUUGUUAUCAAUCACUUUGAUGAGUGCUCGAAGGGCUCACGCAAAAGGUUCCUGGACCACGUUACCGACAAGUAUUACAAUGACGAGACUCCUUGGAAGAUCGUUGUGACCAGUCAUGAGCCAGGUGCCCUGAUGGAGGAGCUUUCGGGCCCAUUUUGCGUCCCUAUUGAUAUGUCUUCCCUGGAAUCGGGAGAUCUCGCUGUGGACACUUUCGAAAGCGACAUCCAAGAGAUGAUAAGCGUAAGAGGAGAUCUAAAUUUUAGAGAUGCGCAGAUACGGGACGAGCUUCAAUUUACUGAGAAGCUGGACCCUCCAGUACGCCACAUUCUGUUUGAGCAGUUGAGAGUCCGUGACGAGUGGCCAGAUGAGAUAUCGACUGAUACAGUUCUCGGAUCGUUGGAUCUUAGUCAACAAGAUGAUAGCGAUAAGAUUAUGGAAUCUGUGCUGCAUACUGUGCUCAAGAAGUGCCCCGACCAAACCUCUCUCGAGUGUCUUCUCUCCUGGCUCUUAUACGCUGUCAGACCACUCACGAUUUGGGAACUUGCCACUAUUAUUUCGUUCUCAGAGGAAAGGGAAUGCACUAAAGCCUCUCCCAGCUUCAUGGCUGUCGACCGGCUUAUUAAGAAGGUUGAGAAUGACUUUGCUGGUAUUCUUGAGGUGGAUCACAACGAGGUCAGGUUUAGGCACCCAUGCUUCCAUCAGAUCAUGGUCAAUGGUGAUCCUUCAACUCAAAAUGCCGAAAAUAAGGAUUAUCUGUGGAACAAGGUCAAAGGAAAAGCUCACAACCUCAUACAAAACAUGUGCCUGGAAUACCUAUCUAGAGAUGCUGUUCAGGACUACGUCAGGGAGACCUUUGCGGUUACAGACGCAACAACCUUCGAGACACCACCUUUCCCAGACCGCACGAACCUUGCCUCAUAUGCUAUCCAGGCAUGGGCACACCACUACUCUCUCAGCUCUCCUCUUCCAGACCUAUCUGCCCUGUCAUCGAAGAAGGACGUGGUUCAGACCCUGGCCAAAGCCCAGUGGUGUUUGGCGAAUCCUGCAACUAGACGCUCUCCUUGCUUCCAGUCUCUGUUCCCAAUAUUUGCUGGACUCGGACUCCCUAAUGUGGUAGAGCCGCUAGGUAGUGAUGAUGUGUUACGAGGUCUUAUCGAAGCCGCAAGCAAAGGACAGAAAAAAGUAGUCGAGGAUCUUCUUGGCGAAUACGACUUUUCGCCAGACGAGACAUGGGAGGUUCUCAAGGCGGCGAGCUCUUUUGGCAGUGAGGAGCUGAUGAAUGCUCUGCUAGACAAGAUAGAAGCCAAGGGGAAGAUACCUGACAACUUCGAGUGGCCGCCUGUCUUGAUAUAUCGGGCUGCCAACCUCGGCCUAGAGGGUUUUGCCGAAAGGGUACUCAGUCUGGGAUGUCCCGCAGAUCCAGAUGUUGACUGGAGAAACGAGACAUCUAUACAGGCAUCACCUCUAUAUCAGGCAGCGUGUCAUGGGUAUACCAAUACGGUUCGUGUAUUGCUGCAGAAUGGCGCCAGUAUGGAGUACACGAGUAUAUCUGGAAGAAACCCGCUUCACAAGGCUGCCCUCGAGGGCCACACCGAGACCGUCAAAGCCAUUCUGGAGGAGUCACAGGUCAAUAUUGAUUGUCCGUCUGAAUCAAACUUCACUCCCUUGUAUCUAGCCGCUCUUGGAGGCAACCAUGACACGGUGAAACUCCUGUUGGAGAAAGGCGCAGACCCGAACAAGGGCAUAUCAGAUUCUCACACCAGUGGCGAUCAAUGGACGCCCUUGCAUGCGGCCACCGACGACGGCUUCAUGAAAUGCAUUAGGCUACUUCUAGACAACGGCGCCAACCCAAACAUUCCUGGACCGUCUGGAACGCCGCUGCAUUGGGCAGUUACUCACAGCCGUAUCGAUAUCCUCGACAUGCUUCUUAAAGCUGGUGCUGAUCCUCAAAGUCAGGCUCUCAAGAAGCCUCUUCUAGUCACAAGCGUCGGGUCCGAGCUGACAGAAGCGAGUCUCGGUAUGUUGAGCAGACUUUUAGAGCUCAAACUGGACGUCAACUGUAAGGACCUCGAGGGAGACACUUCACUCACCACUCUGAUACGCUCAGCCACAAACAAACCAGCCGACGAGUACAUUCACAGAGAUGUAGCUUUGACAAUGCUGAUAGACCAUGGAGUUGAUGUCAACCUUGCCAAUGAUGAGCUGCGGACACCGCUACAAUAUGCAGUAAUGGUGAAUUAUGGGAAUGCAGUCCAGAUGCUCCUUGAAGCAGGUGCUGAUCCGAACUUGACCUUUAAAGACAACCGGGCACCUCUCUGCUCCGCGCUUCACUAUCCUGAUCUAGUUCGCCCAUUACUCGAGAAAGGCGCAAAUCCUGACAUUGGCUUCGAUGAAGGGUUUACUCCUCUAACAUACGUCGCAUGCUUUGGUUACACGGAGACUGCGGAGCUCCUUCUGGAAUACGGAGCGUCCGUUGAUCUUGAGUAUGGCUUGGGAGUUGAAGAUCCUCUCAAUGAUUGGGUCAAAGGCUGGACUCCCCUUAUGUGCGCUGCACAUCAAGGCCAUGGUGGCAUAGUUCGAAUGCUGGCUGAAGCUGGGGCGGACAUGAGUCGACGAGACAAAGAGACGGGAAAGUCGAUCGUUCACCUUGCGAUAUUUGGCAAAACUCUCUCGACUAUAUUGGAAUUCCCUUCGACGAUCGACCUAAACGCGACAGCAAACAAUGGAAUAGGAGUCCUUCACUAUAGUGAUCUUGAUAUCAAUGACCUCAAGCGGCUGGUCAAUGCUGGAGCGAACAUUGAGAUUGGGGAGGGAGAGAGACCAACACCGCUCCAAGUAUACGCAGACUGUGAUUUUGAAAAGGUGAAAUAUAUCGUGAAGCGCGGAGCUAAUGUUAAUUCACUAUCCCCGCAUCACGGUUCUCCUCUGCAUCAAGCCUGCAGAGCAGGUCAAUUCGAUAUCAUCAAAUUCCUGGUUGAGCACGGCGCAAACGUGAAUGCAACCGAAGACUUUCUGGGUACGCCUUUACAAGCGUUAUUUCUUGCUCAAAGUCCGUUUGACGCGCUGGAACACGAAAAUAUGGUCCGCUAUCUCUUGUCGGGACAUGAGAGCGCACACGCAGAUGUUACAAUCAAAGCUGGUGUCUGGGGGUAUGCGAUUAAUUCUGCCGCUUUCGGGAGCCUGCCUUCAGUCAUCAAGCUUAUCCUUGACCAAGAACACGCGAGCGUUGAUCUCGCGGACGACAUGGGCCGCAUGCCGAUACAUCUGGCGGCAUGCAAUGGCUUGCACAACUUCGAGGAUAUUCUGGAGCGAGGGGGCGACAUAUAUGCCAAAGACAAACUAGGGCGUACGCCGCUACACUGGGCUGCCCAGACAGGUAGACUCCAAGUUGUGAAGAAGAUCAUCUCGCUUGUGGGGGACAAGUUGGAUAUCGAUGUUCCGGAUAUUGAUGGUUGGACACCUAUUUGCUGGGCUCCUCGUAAUGGCUUAACACUCCUCAAGCCAGAAAAUGCGGGGGAGCCAUCGCUCAGUGCUGAUGUUGUGAGGCUUCUGAUUGAGCAUGGGGCCAAGACAGAUGCGAUAGUCAACCAGGGCGAAGAGACAUGGACUCCGGUCAGCAUUGCUCACUAUCACAGAAGCGAGCCAGACAUUAUAUCGUUGCUCGGUAGUGGCGUGCCGAUCAACAAGGACACCAACGAGGACACAGCCGAAGAAACAGAGAAAAAGGUCAAGACUGCGGCCAAGAGGGGAGUUCAACAGGAGGGUGCCUGCUGUGAUUAUUGUCUAUCGCACGCUGAUAUCCUACACCCGGCGCAUGCCGACUUUACACAAAAAGGCGAGGAAGAGUAUGAGGAGGGCGAACAUGAUGUUUCAGCAACAACCGCUUCUGGCUCAUCUGACACAUACUCUAACACCGAUUCUGACUCCGCCUCUGACUCUGGUUCUAACCACUCAGAAGCGAAGGAAGAUGACAAGAAUGGUUCUUAG